CGAAUUAUUUCCUGAAAUGUGUUUGUGGGUUCCCAUACAUUGCCGAGAAGAGUAUAAUAUUCUCCCAUAGUUGAGAUAUUCUACUUCCAUGUGUAUGAAUUAGGUUUGAUUGACAAGCACAUUAGUGCUCAGAUUGUCAGUCCAAAGAACCCAUUUUCCUCCCGAGAAUCCUGCAACUUUCUCUUUGUAAGAGGAAUGAAAUCCUAGCUUCUUGAUAACCUUAUGAGCCUUAUCGCCUGAAAUUCGAGGUUUCGUUCAAAGUAAAACCAAGUACCCAUUUGUGCACAGACAAGAGACAACAAUCCUCCAUUUCCUCAGACGACCCAAGGAUGGUGUCAACAAUUCUUGUUCUGUUUCUCUUCAUCUCAUACGCUCAAGCCAUUUCAACCUCAGAAAGCAGAGCUUUAAACCAUAGCAGUAUGCAGAAGGAGCAGGAACAUUUUCUGGAGAGAUUAUCGUAUGGAAGCAUGAAGGACAUGGAGGUAUUAUCUGAUAAUGUAAGAAAAGCACAUGGAAGUGGAGGAAGAGGAUCGCCUUCUGGUUCUGGUAGUGCAAAUAUUAAUCGUCAUCCUCAUCCUAAUCGUAACUCUGCAACUUCGCCCUUAUCACAGGUGUCUUGUUUUUGGGACUCAAGUUUAAGUCUUUCCGCAGCAACCUUCGCUUUGAUGAUCUUCGUUUUUCUCUUCAACUAACUCUCUGGUGUGUUCUGAAUUAAGAAACCUUGCUGUCAUAAAGUGAUUUUGUAUUGUUUCUUGAUCCUUCAUGAGCGUCUUUGUUUCCAGAAUUUCUAUAUGUAUUGCAAUCUUUCAAUAUGAAUAUCAUGCUCUCUUGGUGAAGCACAAAA